UGAAUGAGCAAGAGGAGGGAGCACGUGAGGGAAAGGUUCUAAAACACACCCAUAGAGUUAUCUAUAAAAGUCUGCACCUCAUUGUCUCCUCACCUCCCUCACUACUGACCUGCUGAGAACAUGGGCUACCUGAUGUACACUGCGGUGGCGGUUCUUGCGCUGGUGGCGUCCGGCUGGUGCAAGGAGGAGCCCGUCGAGCGUGCCGGGCUGAAGUUCAGCAGCAGGAAGUACUCCUCUGUCAUCAACGUGCCCAACGGAGAGCAGUUUGGGAACUGGACCUGGCCCGAGAUGUGUCCCGACAAGUUCUACGCUGUGGGCUUUAGCGUCCGGGUGGAGUCCAACCAGUACGUUCUGGAUGACACCGCCCUGAACGGAGUCCGCCUCAUCUGUGCCAGAGACGAAGACCGCAGCUUCCUGUACUCCAUUGAAUCUCAUGUGGGCUUCUAUGGAGAGUGGUCCCAGCCCCAGUACUGCCCCAGGGGGGUUCUCGAGUCCUUCCAGCUGCGCGUGGAGCCCCACCAGGGUCUGUUCGGCGAUGACACCGCCGUCAACAACAUCCGCUUCCGCUGCAGCAGCCACCCCGUGCUGGAGGGCCCGGGGACCGGCUGGGGGGAGUACGGCUUCUGGAGCCCCGUCUGCCCCAGCGGAGGCAUCUGUGGUCUCGAGUCCAAGGUGGAGGAGUACCAGCAAGGCCUGGACGACUCCAGCCUCAACGACGUGCGCUUCUACUGCUGCGAUCGACCCCAGCAGUGAUUGACGGCAAGUGCGAAGAAGGCCGACACUGACGACUUAAUGUCCUCCAGU